UAUAGCUUACAGAACUCUACUUCCUCUCUCUCUCUCUUAUCUCAUCUCUCACCUCUUACGUUCCUCGCACGCACUACUCUUCUUUUCUCUUUAAAAACCACCACCAUCAUUGCCUGCAAAUUAAUCCACUUCAAACUUCCAAUACGUACCCACCAAGAUUAAUGGCGCCUCAACCCACCACCUAUCCUUACCCAAUCAAAACAGUUAUAGUUUUAGUCCAAGAGAACCGCUCUUUCGAUCACAUGCUGGGUUGGAUGAAAUCCCUCAACCAAGAAAUCGAUGGCAUCACGGGAAACGAGUCCAACCCGUUAUCUAGCACCGAUCCCAACUCCAAACGAAUCUACUUCGGCGACAAGUCCGAGUACGUUGACCCAGACCCGGGUCACUCCUACCAGGAAAUCUACGAACAGGUGUUUGGGGUAGCCUGGUCGGAGUCAAAUUCCGGCCAAAAGCUUAAGCCAACAAUGGAGGGUUUUGCUAUGCAAGCUGAGGAGAAGGAGAAGGGUACGUCGGAGACGGUGAUGAACGGGUUCAGACCGGAUGCUGUUCCAGUUUACAAGGAGCUGGUUUCGGAGUUUGCGGUCUGUGACCGGUGGUUCGCAUCUAACCCGGCAUCGACUCAGCCGAACCGUUUGUUUGUGCACUCAGGGACGUCGCAUGGAUUGACUAGCAACGAUUCCAAGAUCCUUAUCGAAGGGUUGCCGCAGAAAACAAUAUUUGAAUCGCUGGAUGAAGCUGGGUUCUCUUUUGGGAUAUAUUAUCAGUACCCACCUGCAACUCUAUUCUACAGGAAUCUUAGAAAGUUAAAGUAUAUAGGAAAUUUCCAUCAAUUUGAUUUGGAAUUUAAGAAUCAUUGCAAGGAGGGAAAGUUGCCAAACUAUGUGGUGGUGGAACAAAGAUACUUUGAUUUAAAAAUACUACCAGGGAAUGACGAUCACCCCUCACACGAUGUCUCGGAGGGCCAAAAGUUCAUUAAGGAAGUUUACGAGGCACUGAGAUCAAGUCCACAGUGGAAUGAAAUAUUGUUCGUAAUCACAUAUGAUGAGCAUGGUGGGUUUUAUGACCAUGUCCCAACUCCAGUAAAUGGAGUUCCAAGUCCAGAUGGUAUAGUGGGUUCUGCUCCUUACUACUUUCAAUUUGAUCGUCUUGGCGUUCGAGUCCCAACUAUCUUCAUUUCUCCAUGGAUCGAGCGAGGAGUAGUGAUCCAUAGCCCUUCUUCAGGGCCAUAUCCUACAUCACAGUUUGAACAUUCCUCUAUUCCAGCAACAGUGAAGAAAAUAUUUGAUCUCAAGGACUUCUUAACCAAACGUGAUGAGUGGGCUGGAACUUUUGAAACUGUAUUGACAAGGGAAACUCCAAGAACAGACUGCCCAGUAACAUUACCGGAACCAGUGAAAAUGCGGGUGGCUGGUGCAAAAGAGGAUGCAAAGCUAAACGAUUUUCAACAGAUAUUAGUGCAAUUAGCGGCUACAUUGAAUGGUGACCAUAAGAAGGACAUUUUUCCAGAUAAGUUAAUAGAGAACAUGAGAGUCGGAGGAGCUGUUAAGUAUUGUGAGGAUGCCAUGAAGAAAUUCUUAGAAGCAUCUGAGCAUACCAAGAAAAAUGGAGCCGAUGAGUAUGAGAUUGUUGUGUGUUCUACUCUAUCCACUACUCAACGCCAACCCUCUAAGACCAUUAUCCACAAGAUGUUUAGUUGUUUUAGUUGCAUCAAUUGAUAGCUACAUUUGUUAGCUAGAAAUCAUAUAUUCCACUAUGUUUUGCAUUUAAUAUUAAGAUUAUUUAAUGGGCCUAAACUUAUAAGUCAUUUAAGGAUGAAAUGGGCUACUUCAAUA